UAUGGCAACCGAGGUUUACGUUCGGUUCCCUGGCGAGGAGGACCCUAUUAAAAUGAAAUUUCUGAGCCACCAACAGACCAAAAGUCGUCUCGUCGUGUGGAUUCCAGUUCGCAAGGUGGCGGUAAUCUAACAGAAAAACUCUUGAUGUCCAACCCUUGUGAGUCGUUGACUGCAAACAGGGAAAUUUUGAAAGUUGUUCGGGCGUCGCUGAUUCGCGUUGGGCAAGCUGAAAUGGCGCAAGAAAUGUCUGCUGCAAUCAUAUCAGAUGAAAACAAGAACAACACCGUCGCAGAUUUGAAAUCUCUCGUCAAAAAUGAAAUGGGCGAAGAAAGGAAGAACAUUGCGAGUUCUGAAACGGUACAGAAUAUGUUGGAUGUAACGCUAGCUCUUUUCCAAAAUGAGGAUAAAGUAAGUGAUGGUGUAAGAACUGAUAGUGAUGAUGACGACGAUGACAGUGGCGCAGACAACCUGAACGUUCAUAGGGCAGGGACCCAGCUGAAAAGAUCUGAGCACAGCGGAGGAAUCAAUUCAAGUUUACCAGACACAUUUCACACAGGCCAGCUCCUGUUUUAUGAAAGGUUUAAAGCCUAUCAGGACUACAUACUUGGCGAUUGCAAGCCUUCCGAAGUCAAGUCUUUUACUGCUGACUACUUGAAAAACCUGGUGCAGUCAUUUGGUUGGCAAGCUCUCUGGUCUGCUGAGCUGUUUGAUGUUCUGGUGGAGGUUUGUGACGUGGACUUCAGUGAUCUCAAGGCUCGUGUGAAGCUUGUGUUUCCUCUGCAGUGUGAGGUCAGAGGAUUUGAAAUUAACAAGGAAGCCAUUGUAGAGGUGUUGGAGGCAACCCAACAUAAAGUUCCUCUAGUGGAACUUCAGGUUGUUUAUGAGGAGUCAGGAGACUACGACCAGAUUGCCUUGGCCAUUGAGCAUCUCAGAUUCUUCUACAAACAUGUCUGGAGACUCUGGGAUGAAGAAGAUGAGGAUGAUGACUUUGACUACUUUGUCCGUUGUGUAGAGCCUCGCCUCAGACUAUAUUAUGACAUCUUAGAGGAAAGAGUCCCUGCAGGUCUUGUGUCAGAAUACAAGAUCGUAUUGGAAAAAUGUACGCAGUGCUUUCAGCAGUUUUCACUGCUACGUAGCAGCAUCAGCAGUGACUCUGACUCAGAGCUGGAUAAUAUAUCCAUGGUGGAGGGGCUGAAGCUCUACGAACAGCUGGAAGUAUUCAAACGGAAGUUGUACUUCAUUGAGAACCCGUUGUUAAGGUAUGUGCUGGGCUACAAAAGUAAUGCCCGACAUCAGUUCAUGCAAAGUCGUGGGCUGAGGGAAUCGGGCAUCAAAGUGGCCCAUGUGGUGUUAUCCUCCUGCACUGCAAAUCAGCUCCAGUCCCUUCUGAAUGAGAGACUGCUACAGCAGUUUUCUUCUGAGGACACUGAAGUCCAGUUUCAUAGAGACCCAGUUUCUGCGGUGGAUUCCUGCCAUCAGGGUGACAUGGUAUUUGUUCUCCCGGGCGUGUACAAUGUUACCAGCUCCAUCCUACUUCCAGACUCUAUCACCGUAGAGGGAUUUGGACUUCCUGAUGAUGUGGUGAUUGAGAAGAAAAACAAGGGAGACUCAUUAAUUGAGUCUACUGGAGCAGAUGUCAAAAUGUCCAACAUCAAGUUUAUCCAACAUGAAGACAUUGAGGGUAUUUUAUGUGUGAGAGAGGGAAAUUUGGCUGUUGAAAAUUGCGUGCUUCAGUGUGAGACCACCGGCGUCAUUGUCCAAGCUUCUGCCCACCUCACCAUGAAUAUGUGCGAUCUAUAUGGAUCCAAGGGAGCUGGUAUCGAGAUUUAUCCUGGCAGUGCGUGCACUCUGGUUGGCAAUGGCAUCCACCACUGUAAGGAUGGGAUUCUCAUCAAGAUGAAUCAACCAAUGGACUUGGCUGGCGAGGUGGAGGCGAUCCCUUCAAUUACCAUGGAUGCCAAUGUGAUUCAUAACAACGAAGGCUACGGGGUGGUGCUUGUGAAACCGUCUCACAGUAACGACAGGAACAUUUAUGACAAAUGUGCUGAGAAAGAUGAGCGUGUUGAUGUGGAACAGAUGUUUGAGGACGGACUGCGGAAGAAUGUCACGGGACGCCCGAUGGCCUCACCAAGCCAGAUUACGUGCAAGCCAGAAGACGCUCCGCCAAACUUGACAGAGAAUACGCAUCAGGACAGUAAUGUGAACUCGGCAAGGAAUUGGCAAUUUUAUUGUCAGCUGAGCAUAAACAGACAAACAUCCUGUACCUUAGCUAUGCAAGACGUGAUUGCCCACAAGAUUUUCAGAUCUAUCAAGGGAAACCAGUUCCGACGCAAUGGCAUGGGUGACUUCGGCACUUUUUUAUACUAAGAAUUACUGCUCGAUGACAAUUAACAUGCUCUGAUUGACACAUUUAUUUAAUACUGUACUUUAAUGCACUUUGGACUUUUAGUUUUACUUCUGGCAUUUGAUUUGCAGCCCAGGGCGUACUAUGCCUUUCAUCCUAAAUCAGAUGUCUUAACGAUUGUAAAAAUUGGAAUUAUAAAAUGUAACUCAUUCAGGCCGGUGUUACUCUUCGAAAUUGAAAACUUAGUCUAUUUUUUUUCUUCCUUUUUGACUGUUGACAAAUUAAUGGAGUAAAAUACAGUUGCAUCCAGAUGUAUUUAAAAAAAAAUAUACUGUAUAUAUUUACAAACUACCAUACAAAGGGUAUGACAAUUUGAUGAGCCCAAUUGUUUUGGACAGUUGACAUUAUUCUAAAUCCAACCACUUUUUCUACUUUGUCGUCAAUGACUUGUAAAGUCUCCUUAUGGACUUAUUUCAUGGUUCCUUCCUGGAGAAUUUUUGUCCAAUGUUCCCUGCAGCCAGUCUAUUUGCUGCUUCUUUGUAGGUUUUGUUGCUUCACUUUUGUCCCAGUAAUGGAAAAUUCUUACAAAUGAUUUUCAGCCAAGUAUUUUAAAAAAAAAUUGUAUUUAGUUAUGACAGUUGUCCACUUACCAUGCAGCAACGUUAAAAUGUCUGUACUGUAUUCCUGAAUGAUAACUGCUAUAUUCUUUUAAUCACAUCUUGAUGGUGUUGUCUCAAAGCCACUGUGUUAAUGUAGUGCACAAAGGAAAAAUGAGAACAAGCCUUGUAAUUGUCCAAAUACUGCUGGGGUGAAAAUGGAUUACCCGUUGUGGUAUUUGGUCAUCUAUAACUCAAAUGUUGUCAAGUCAACAGAUGAGUGAGGUGGAAUUAAACAAUAAAAAAAAAAUAAACCUCACAAUGGUAACAAACAUCUAGUAAUUUAACUAAUUUACCAAUAUAUUCACCUGUAUUGUAGCAUGUCAUAGCAGUGCUCCACAUGCUGCCGAGGUCAGACAAAUUAAUCCCUUUGAACUGUAACGAGAGUUCAAAAAGAUCGGCGAAAUCUAAACUCUCUCAAGGUAAAUAUCAUUUAUUCAGAACCAUGUUCCACAGUGUCAAAAGGUUAAUUUUUUUCCCAUUCAGAAAUUCCCUCCCCUGUGCUCUAAAGACCAAAUGCCCAUCUUUUAAAUGUUCUUAGUAGUACUUUUGAUUAAUUGUUUAUUCAUGUACAGUAUUUUUGUUGGUUUUAGUUGAGUCCACUGACGCUGUCAAGAAGCUCCCAAAAGGUAUUUGUAUGGUAUUUUUUUUUUCCAAAAGGUGACGUUAUUUUAUCUACAUUUUGGGGUUGUAGUGGUAUUGUAUGUUGUUUUCAUAUACGUACUGUAAAAAUUUCCCAUUCAGUUCACGUAUUCAACUUUGGUGCAAAAUUAUAAUGUGUUUUUUUGACUCGAGUCAGUUAUAUAAAUUAAAUUUGGAGUUGGACAAUACUUUGUUUUUCAUGAACUGUGAAAAAUCAGAUGUAUUUAGUAUUUUUUUUUUUCCAGAAAUGGCAGAUAUUCUAAGAUGUCACUCACUGUGCCCCCCAGACAAGAUACAAA